AUGGACAACCUUUACGAUCAACGGUCGAUGCAUCGGCCCAGUAGCUACAGCUAUCCAAUGUACCCAGUACAAGCACAACAGAAGAACUAUCCAGCAGUGCAUAGCACAAGCAGUGCUUUCUCCGCCUCUGCAAAUCCCAACGAGGACUGGACGAAGAUUUCGGAUCUCGCUGAGCGAAGAAGGAUACAGAACCGCAUCGCGCAACGCAACUACCGCAAGAAGCUGAAGAAGCGUUUGGAAGACCUGGAGCGUAGAGCAGGAUCAAGUUCAGCGUCUCCCGAGCAGAGACACGAGGAGCUCGCACAACUAGAAGCUGUCACGUCGGACCACCAGGCCAUCCAACCUACGACGUCCCGGCGGCGGACUACAGGAGACGCGUUGCGAGCUCACACACCCGAAGUCGUCAACCAGCAUUAUGUGCUACCCAGCUCAGACAUGUUCUCACAACAGUAUACUCGCCAGAUGUCGACAUCACCUCCCCCAUUCACAUACGCAGGAGCGCCGAGUACAUCCGCAAUGACAUACGCAUCUUAUACUCAACCUACGUACUGUAGUAGCUUGCCGUCGACGGGCUCAGACAUGCCAAUCUACUCAGCAUACCUACCGUCUGUUGAUCAAGGCUACUUCUCACCUCCGAUCAAGACAGAACAAGGGCUCUACUUCGAUGAUGACACUAGUCCGUUCGCAGCCGGCUAUGCAGCGAUAAGCGGAGUGAACGAUCAGUAUGCUCCUUAUACGCCUCCUCUGUCGGAUUCGUUCGACUGUCCACAAGAUGCGGAGUCACCCUCCGAUUCCAUGGCAUAUCCGCAUACUCCGAACUCGAUGCCUAGUCCUCCCAUGCAGGUCUCGCAUUACUGA